GGAGCGCAGCCCCAUCGCCGGCGGUACCGCGGCGCCGCCCACAGUGCUCCCCGGUCCGGCGGAGCGAGGCGGCGCGGCUCCCGAGCCAUGGGGCGGCUGCUGGCGCUGAGCUUGCUGGGGAUCGCGCUGGCGCUGCUGGGCGAGAGGUUCCUGGCGCUCAGGAAUCGACUUAAAGCCUCCAGAGAAGUGGAAUCUGUAGACCUUCCUAACUGCCACCUGAUUAAAGGAAUCGAAGCCGGCGCUGAAGAUAUUGACAUACUUCCCAACGGCCUGGCUUUCUUUAGUGUGGGUCUAAAAUGUCCAAGCCUUCACAGUUUUGCACCAGAUAAGCCUGGAGGAAUACUAAUGAUGGAUCUAAAUGAAGAAAACCCAAGGGCACUGGAAUUAAGAAUCAGCCGUGGAUUUAAUUUGGCUUUAUUUAAUCCACAUGGUAUCAGCACUUUCAUAGACAGUGAUGACACCGUUUAUCUCUUUGUUGUAAACCACCCAGAGUUCAAAAAUACAGUAGAAAUUUUUAAAUUUGAAGAGGAAGAAAAUUCUCUUUUGCAUCUAAAAACAAUCAAACAUGAGCUUCUUCCAAGUGUGAAUGAUAUCAUAGCUGUUGGACCAGAACAUUUCUAUGCUACCAAUGACCACUAUUUCUCUGAUCCUUUCUUAAAGUAUUUGGAAACAUACUUGAACUUACACUGGACAAAUGUUGUUUACUACAGUCCAAAUGAAGUGAAAGUGGUAGCAGAAGGAUUUGAUUCAGCAAAUGGGAUCAAUAUUUCACCUGAUAAAAAGUACAUCUAUGUUGCUGAUAUACUGGCUCAUGAAAUUCAUGUUUUGGAAAAGCACCCUAAUAUGAAUUUAACUCAGUUGAAGGUACUCAAGUUGGAUACACUGGUGGAUAAUUUAUCCAUUGACCCUUCCUCGGGGGACGUCUUGGUAGGCUGUCAUCCUAAUGGCCAGAAGCUCUUCGUGUAUGACCCGAAGAAUCCUCCCUCAUCAGAGGUUCUCCGCAUCCAGAAUAUUUUAUCUGAGAAGCCUACAGUGACUACAGUUUAUGCCAACAAUGGAUCUGUUCUCCAGGGAAGUUCUGUGGCCUCCGUGUAUGACAAGAAGCUGCUCAUAGGCACUUUAUACCACAGAGCCCUAUACUGUGAGCUGUAAAUGGCCCUUCUGGUAUGCAGGUGUGCUAGCGUCUCAACUAAUUUUCUAUGAAUUGCUAAUUCUGAGGGAAUUUAACCAGCAACGUUGACCCCAAAAUGUGUGACAUAUAAAUUUAUUUCAGCAAUGAAAGGACCCCUUCAGUUCACAUAGCACUUUUAACAUUAAAAGAAAGUGAACAGUUUUUAAAAAUGCCAAGUAAAGGUAAGAGAAGAAAGCUGUUUUCAGCUAAGUGAAUACAUUCUGCACAAAAUAAGCCUCAUGUCUGCCUUCCAACUGCCAGAGCAUGAAUUCCACUGAAACAGGGUAGAUUAUAUUUCCUUAAAAUGUGAGUGACCUCAGCUCCACCACUAUGACCACUACUGAUACGUGACAUGUUUUGAUGUCUUAUACUUACAUCUUUGUUUACUAUUAAAGAGUUGGAGUUACAGAAAGACUAACUAAAGCCCAAGUUUUGUCUGUGCUUAAUUCUCAUGGCAUAUCCUCAGUAGAACGUGGCCACUUACUUGUGGGGUUUCCUUGGGAGGGACAGGCAUAAAAAUACUAAUUUAUCUUAUUAAACAUGAAAAAUAAGCCUUUUAUUUGAAUAAAAAAAGAACGAAUUAAUUAAAUAUGGUAACUGGAAUUCUCAA